AUGUCGAAGCAAGGGAAAUACGUCCGAAACACCCCAGAUACUCUGGCAGGUGACGAUGACGUUUACAAUCCAAUCGAAGGAAAUCAAGUUGAUAUCGGAGAUUUCGACGAAAUCGAGACACCACACACACUGCGUAGGGAUUUUGAUGACACCAAUGACAACUCAGAAUCCAAUAACGACUCCGACGGUGAAAGUGGAACCAGUUCAAACGAUGAAGCAUCGAGCUCGACGGCUUACUCGACCAGAUCCCCGUCGGCAUCCCCAGAAGCCACACCUCCGAAGGUUCCAAGUCUGACAGCACAUGAACAGGCGAACACGGAUCGGAUUGACCGCAUGGAAAAGAUGCUCGAGAGUAUGAAUAACGCGCUUGCUCGUUUUCAAGCAAAUACUGGACCAAUACCGAACGACGACGUUGAUAAAAGCUGGAAGUUCCCGACCGGCGCAGAACGAUAUGGAUGUGGCGAGAGUUCUUCCUCAAGUAUCCGUUGGGACCACUUGAAGCCCUUCCCGAGCGGUAUCGCAGCUGGGAAAAUGUGGGAAGCGUGGAACCGCUAUAUAGAGAAUUAUGAAAUAGCAGCUUCCCUUGGCAACGUUAACGAUCCCAUUAAGCGUACUCAACUGCUAUUCCUCUCCAUGGGUGACGAGUUACAAGGAAUAGUGAAAGCUGCCAAGUUACGACCAUGCUUAUCAAAUCCGAACUGUUACGGUAUUUUUGUGGAAAACAUUCAAAAAUACCUGCGAUCGAUGACAGACACUGCUGCCGAACACGAGGCAUUCUCCCGAAUGCGGCAGGAAAACGGCGAAUCCGCCGUUGCCUUUCAUGCUCGAUUGAUGUGCAAGGUCAGGGCUUGCAAUUACAGCGCCGACGAUGAGGAUAGAUUUGUGCGGUCGCAACUCCUGACGGGUCUCAAGAACAAGGAACUUGUGAAACAAUCUAGGACAUACGGUUAUGACACAAACUUUAUUGUCCAAUCAGCGACGAGGGACGAAGCCUUUGAGUCCGAAAGCAGGCAGGAGCCAGAAUCCACAGUGUCAGCAGUCAGAAGCUACAGAAACCGACCAUCCUUCAAUCAGUCCACUCGAAAGCGUAUAAGCGGAGGAGCUAGAGUUGGUGGAGCACCAGCUAAGCGACAGCACACUGAAGAUCCCAGCCAACAGCGGUCACAAGGACAACGUCUGCGAUGCACUCGUUGUUGCCUUCUUCAUCACAGAAACGGGCAAUGUCCAGCAGUGAGCCGGAACUGUAACGAAUGUGGUAAACGCGGCCAUUACGCGGCCGCUUGUCGGCAGAAGCAGCUAAUCAACGCUCUCUCACUCGAAGAUGUCUUAGUCAUGUGUUCGGUCGGAUCAUCUGCCCCCAUACGCUUUCUUAUUGUUAUCGGGGGAAACGACUGGGUUCAACUGAAGCAAGAAAUUCAAAAAGGAGUUUCAAAGAUAGAAUUUAUUAGAACACCUGAGAGGAAGUUACACGCGUACGGUUCUGGAAAGCCAAUGUUUGUAGAGUGCAGCUUCAAAGCAGAAAUAAGAACGGUGGGAUCCACAGAACGAAGCAUAAACUCUAUUUUCCAUGUCGUGCCGAGAGGAACAAGAUCAUUGCUUGGGCGGUCCACGUCCAACGAUAUGGGAUUGCUGCACAUAGCAAACAAGAGCAGGCUUUAUGAAAUCUCGCAUAUCAAGAAUCAGUUCCCAAGAAUGCCAGGGGUACGAAUUAAGUUCAGCAUCGAUCAAACCGUCCCACCUACUAAAAGUGCAUACUUCAACGUACCAGCAGCAUACAGGGAUGGAGCGCGACGGAGGCUAAAGGAGAUGGAAUCCCAGGGAAUCAUAGAAAAAGUUACCACUGCCCCUAGCUGGAUUAGCGGCAUGUCGGCUGUGGCAAAGGGGAGUAACGAUUUUCGUCUCGUGGUAAACAUGCGCGCCCCCAAUCGAGCGAUUAACCGCGAAUACUUCAGAUUGCCCUUACUCGAUGAAAUGAAGGUCAAGCUUCACGGUGCGAAAUAUUUCACGAAGCUUGACCUGCAAAACGCAUUUUAUCACUUAGAGCUGUGCGAGAAAUCCCGGGAUCUGACCACUUUUUUGACGGAAGACGGAAUGUACAGGUUCACUAGACUCAUGUUUGGUGUAAACUGUGCACCAGAAGUUUUCCAACGAGAGAUGACAAGAAUCUUAAAAGACGUUACCGAUAAUGUUAUCGUUUAUAUAGACGAUUUCCUGAUUUUUGCAGACACAUUACAAGGGCUACGAACAAAUGUCGCGAAGGUCUUACAAAUUUUGAGAACAAACAACUUGACACUGAACACAGCAAAGUGUGAGUUCGACAAAACCAAAGUGCAGUUCAUCGGCCACGAGCUAGAUGAACAUGGUUUUCACAUUGAUAAUGCGAAGAUCAAGAGCGUCCGAGCCUUCAGAGAACCUUCAACAUUAUCAGAGCUUCGUAGCUUUCUUGGGCUGGCGUCUUAUCUUAGCCCAUACCUGAAAAAUUUUGCCGACAUCUCUGGCCCAUUAUGGGCUGCUACAACAUCCAAGUCAUGGUUCUGGGGUCCCGAGCAGAAAAAAGCAUUCGAAUUGAUUAAACAGCAUAUCAUCAAGUGCACGAUCUCGCUAGGAUAUUUUUCUGAACUCGAUAAAACUGUGCUCUACACGGAUGCUUCACCUAUAGCUCUGGGAGCCGUGCUUGUGCAGGAAGCAGCAAAUCAAGCACCGCGCAUAAUCAGCUUUGCUUCCAAAUCGUUGACCCCCACAGAGCGAAAAUACGCACAGAACCAGCGGGAAGCCCUAGGAGCGGUGUGGGCGGUGGAACAUUUUUCCUACUUCCUGCUCGGUAGACAUUUCACCCUCCGCACCGAUGCACAGGGGCUAGCAUUUAUUCUUAAUCGUUCAAGAGAAGAUUCGAAGAGGGCAUUAACUCGUGCCGAUGGGUGGGCGCUAAGGUUGAGCCCAUACCGGUACGACAUCGAGUACGUUCGUGGCAUGGAGAACAUUGCCGACCCACCUUCAAGGCUCUAUAGUGGGGAAGAUGCCCCGUUCGACGAAGAAGAAAGUCCAUGGGAAAUCGCAGCCCUCGAAGCGAAUUCCGUUGAAUUCCUUACAGAGACUGAGAUUAAAAACGCUACAGAUCAAGACGACAUGCUACAGCGAGUGAUAAAGGCAUUGGAGACUGGUAUCUGGACCAAAGAUUUACAAAGGUACAACACGGUUGAAAAGGACCUAACUGUUAAGGAUGGGAUUGUCAUCAAAACUGGAUGUGCGGUCAUCCCAAAAAUACUUCAAGCACAUGCUUUACAAGUAGCACAUGAGGGCCAUCCUUCAACGGCCAAAAUGAAGAGUAUCAUGCGACAGCGUGUGUGGUGGCCUGGUAUGCCGAAAGAUGUGACAAGCUGGGUAGAGACAUGUAGAACAUGUUGUGUAAAUGGGAAACCGGAGAGGACAACACCGAUGGAAAGAGUGCUUAUUCCGAAGGCUGCUUGGGACACCGUGGCUUUAGACUUUAACGGACCCUAUGUAAAGUUUGGAGGAGUCCUCAUCCUAGUAAUAGUGGACUACAAGUCCCGUUACCUUAUUGCCAGACCUGUGAAAUCGACGAAAUUUGAGUGCACAAAACGAGUCCUUGAUGAUAUUUUCCAAAAGAAGGUUUUCCGAAAACCAUCAAAACAGACAACGGUCCCCGUUCAACGGUCAGGAAAUGGAUUAGCGGAAAGUUAUAUGAAAUUAAUAAACAAAACUAUGGCGGUGGCCAUCGCAAACAACACAAACUACAUCGAAGAACUUAGAAAGGCAACAAACGCCCAUAACGCAGCCGCCCAUAGUAUCACCAAAGUUCCACCGGAGGAAAUAAUGUACGGGCGUAAAAUCAAACGAGGUUUGCCAUUACUCCAGCACGGCGUAUCUAACUACGAUGAAGCGCUUCUGCAACACAGAGAUCGCGAAGCCAAGCUGGCAGGAAAACAACGCGAGGAUAUCCGUCGUGGAGCGCGCCCUUGCAGAGUUAAACCGGAGACGAAGUUCUCAUCGAGCGCCAUAAUCGCUUGA